AUGAGCGCCAGCGCGACGACUACGCCUCGUAGCGCCCCGGGAAGUGCCCGGGGGAAGAACAAAAAUGAGCAAGACACGGCUUCUACAGAACAAGAAGCGGCCAAGGAUGUUGUCGACAGGAUAUCGGCGACCACGGAGACAUCCUUUCUGAUCACGAGAAUUCUUGGCGUUUGCUUCCUCUUCGCCUUCGCGUCGGUAUUGCAGCAUGUGGAGGGACUGUACGGGUGCCAAGGGAUUCUGGGUUCGAAAUUGGAUGCGGUCUUUCCGUCCUGGUUGAGCCCGACAACGAUGAAGGAUAUUGUGGUAAGUUAGUAAGUACUUCUUGAUUGUCGGAGCGGCUUCAUUUAGUUUUUUGUGCUUUUGUUCACCGAUCAAACUCACCGUCACACAGGGAGGUUGCAGAAUAAAUCACCACAAUCAUAAUUUCUUAAACUAUCAACCAGGGCUACGCCCUCGUCAGCGGCCUCGUUUUGAGCAUCUUGCUCAGUCUAUUGGGCGACUAUGAGCUCGGCGUCAAUGGGCCGCGGAUAAUUCUGCUGUUUAACACCAUCGUGUACGCAGCAGUGAACGCAAUUUCCGGGCCCAUGCUGUUUUGGAAGUACAACUUUAUUUGUUUACAACCUGUUCUUUCAACAUUUUGAUGGUCAUAGAUGAUCGGCAUCGGUCGUGUCAAAAUUUGAAGUGUAUAGUAGAUACAACCUCUUUCAACAUCUUCUAGACGAGCAGCAUAAAUCUCGCUUCUAGAUGUUUUGCAAAUUAUUUUAUCAGGGACUACGACAAUCUGCUGAUUGAAGUGGGGCUUCUCGUUUCCGUUCUCGGUAUCAGCACCGCCGACUGGAGCCACUGCACCAGACCCGCCCUGAAUUUCUGUUUGUUCCGGUUUCUCUUCACCUUUUUCUCCUCUUCCACCACCGGCAGCCAGGUGCUGCCCCUUUUCGGCAACGACCAGUUUGACCGGACACCGCUGGUGUGCGCGUCGCUCUGGGACUUUACGUGGCUCACCUACAGCUACGAGUUCCCGGAGCCGAGCAGCCUGGCCUGGUACCUGCGGUUGGACCCGCGCCCGGUGUUCGUGCGGUACCUGACCUGGUUCUGGAUCGUCUCCGCGACGGUGUUGCUGCCCAUCGUGGCUUAUGCAUUGCAAAAGUAUCGUACUCGUACCGAUCGCAUUUCUGCAUUAGAAAUUUCUUUGUUAAGUUGAACCCGCAUUACAAAUUUCAUUUCUCCUGCUGAGCUAAUUUGUCAUGCGAUUUAUACUAGUACGAUGCUUUUGCAGUGCAUAUGGCGUUGUGCGGGAACAGCUGGACCUCGAAAUACAUGUGGGUGAAGGAAUAUCCAAGAAAAAAACACCAUCACAAUCACUUUUGCGCAGUUUUGCAAUACAAAAAUUUUUGUCAUGCGCAAAACUGCAUCACAGUCAAGAGUUGUAGGCGAUUUCCCUUUGUGUUUUUGCAAUACAAGAAAAAUUUAGUAUGCGAGACAAAUUUCUGAUGCAAAACUUCCCAAGUGUGAUUGUGAUGGUGUUUUUUUCUUGGAUAAGGAAGUCGCCCUCUUUCUCCUCGCCGGGAACGUGCUCAUGUACUUUGUCGGACUGCAAGCCUCCGCCUGGACGCCGCUCCUGCUGAUCGCCCUCUUCAUCUCCAUCGGCUGCCGCUUAGACAACCGGAACGUCGGGCGGACCUACCACUGGCUCCGUCUCCCCCGGGAGGUGGUGAAGAACUGGGGCUGCUUGGACGAAGAAGCGUUUGCCCAGCAGGUGGAGAUCGCGAGCAAAAUCGCCAGUGGUUCAUCGGGCAGUGGUGCUACAGGAACAGGAUCAAACUCGGAGGGGGAGGGAGUACAACAAGCAUUGGAGAACAAGAAGAACACAACGCUAUUAAAUAAGAGAAAGAACAACGAGCAGGAAAAACUAGCAGAUUACGACGAAGAGGGGGAAGUGAAGAGCGUAUCGCUUCAUUUCGACAACGAGCAAGUAGAAUAUUCCUGGGCGGAAAUGCGGCACAUAUUCCUCGCCGUCGUAUGCUUCUACCCAAUACUGUUCCUGGUCGCGCGGCUCACGACAGCCAAUCUGAACACCCUAACGACCCCGGACGAGCUGCAGACCGUCUUAACCUUCGUGUUUUUCCUGACCACCAUCGUGUUUGGGUUGAAACUGUUUCGCACGGCGAGGAAGAUCGACGAAAAGGCGGGCAAAGUGUUCGGUCCCGGCGGUCUGUCGGCGGUCGAGGCCGCGGGGGUCGGGAUCUUGUAUCCGGGGGGGCACUUUGUGAAAAAGCAGGUGUUGGUUUUUGUCUAUUUGCUGACCAGCUUGCUUUCCUGGUACCACCACUUCCAUGUGGUGUUCGAUACAACUUCAGAAGCAUUUGUAUGGAUUGCAAAAGUGUCUGGGUCUGGAAAGUUGGAACUUGUGAUGCUGCAUUUGGAUUCUAAAAAAAUCUGUAUUGCAUGAGCAGCAAAGAGAGUCCAAUUUUUGCUACACGGAAAGAGCAUUUGUCAUGCGGUAUAGGCAUCAGGAAGUAAAAUCUUUUUUCUACGAAAAAAGAUUUUAAUCUGUGACGCUAGGGCAUGCAUCACAGAAGUCAGGGGUCAUGGAAAAUCAGCAUGACAAAGAAAUCUCGCAUUCUUCCAGACCCAGACAUUUUUGCAGUUCAUAAUUUGACGCGUUAGACAAAACUACAACUACCACCUCGGCCGACCCGCCUUUCUCCCUGAACGUGCGGCAACUCCUUUCCCCGCCCAUUUACGGGACCGAGUUCUUCUGCCCCAACUCCGUUUCCCUGCCGCCGAAGAAGCAGGCCGCGCCGGGGCAGAAGGCGGCGGUGAAGAGCCCGCCGCGAGUGGUGCAGUUGGAAGAAAACCGGGGGACGCGGAAUAAGAAAAAAGACUACUACGAGGUGCCCGCGAUGGGGGUGGAAGCUGCUGCUGCAAAUGCGCAGCAACAUUUGUCGAAGGAAUACACGGGAGGGGGUAAGUCGCGGGAGGAAACCGGAGCUGCGGCGGCACAACCGCCGGAGGAAAAGCCGGCGUAUAGGAAAAUGCUCACUUUCCGGGUCGCGGAAUCCAACAACUGGCUGGCGAUGCGGAACAGAAUCCAAGAUGACGAGGAUCGGCCCAGUGUCGGGAUCGUGCCAACCUUAUUGUGAGGAAAAAUCCCCCCUCCCCAUAUCGAAAGCGCAUCCUUCUGAAAAUUUGUCAUGCAGAUUUGCGGCCACAAAUAGGGUCUGUCUUGCAAGAGAGCAAAGCCAGGUCCCUCCUCCCGCAUUACACAGGCGAUUUGUAGUGCUAUUGUGCCAACAGGGCAGACGUCUGCCAUGCGAAGCGGCCACCUCUAAGCGCCCCUUUCCAGGCUUUGCAUCUGCCUGCAGUCCUGUACUGCAAGACAAAGCUGAUUUGUGUACGCAAAUCCCGCAACACAGAUUUUCGUUUUGAUAGGGGGAGGGGGGUUUUUUCAUUUCGAUAAACCUCCUCGCGGGUAGAGACCACGCUGCACCAGAUCGUGCCGCGGAUGAUUGUAUGAACUGCACAUAUGUCUGGGUCUGGAAGAUUGCCAGAUUUGUCAUGCUAGUCUGGCAUGACUCUGAACUCUGUAUUGCGUGCCCGCGAAAAGCGCUUCCUAUCUGUCAUUCAAAAACGUGGUUUCUCAUGCGGAUUACGCAACUCUGAACCACGGAAAAACUUGUCAUGCUGGACAGCGCAUUACAGUGAGCUCCCUACUCUUCCCUUUCUUGCAUCACAAGUUUCCAGACCCAGACAUUUUUGCAUUUGAUAGAUUGCGAGUCACGGGAAGGCGCCGCUACCCGGGUGGAUCAAGAGGUAGGAAACAAAUAAUAGUUGUGCAUGGUAAUUGUUUGGAUGCUUGCUUUUGGACAAAGUAGAUGCGCAGAAACAUCAGCAACGAGCAGCACUGCUAGUACUGCUUGUUGCUCACGGUUCUUGCAAAUUUACCGACCGCUUCUUCAAUGGGCUCAGAAGUAGUUGCGUGCUCGAGGUAUUUUUAGUAGAACACAUGGAGUUGAUGUUUUGUGAUCAUGUGAAAAACAGCCUCGCCUCGCUGCUGGGAUCCCGAGCGCCGGAAUCUUGGAGCCUUCUCCGGGGCGAUCUGAAGGAGUUGCAGGAUGGCUAUGAGAAGUAUUAUCGACAUAAUUUUUUUCCCAUGUCGCGCAUAUGAAUUGUGGUACGCACGAGUAACUCAUUUUCUAAGGGUAAACCAUAGUGCACAUGACAAAAAAUGUCGGACUGUAUGCAAUGAAAACAAACUCCCAGUUGAGAAAACUGACACUGACCUAAAAACUUGUAUCCAAAACAGUAACCGCAAUGCCACCCAGCGAAUUCAGCUGAUCUACCAGUACCGUGACAUAGAGUAUGACAUCCGGUCGAAUCGAUGGUGGGAUGUACACGCGCACCGGGUCACUGGGAUAGAACUCGCUCAGGCCGCGGCAGAGCAAAUAGAAUGUGGGGAACAGCGCUGGUGGGGCCCCUACGCAGAGUGGGGCGCGAACUCGAAGUUGAUAUUCCCCUGGAAGGACGGCAGCACAACAAUAAUUGUAUUAAUUGAAGAUUCUAGAUCAUUUUCAUCUUGCGAUAGCGAUUUCACGUUUUUAUCGACGUGUCGGUUUGCCAUGUUGAUGACGCUUUGGAAGUAGACCAAGAAAUCACAUACAAAAAUGAUCGUCAUGUACUAUCAGGCCCUGAUUAUGUGGAAGCUGUUCUUUGUCUCGAUGCGCGUCGGAAGCGAAAAGCAGGCCGAGCGCUUGGAACGCCGGCAACGCUUCCGCGAACGGCAGGAACGGGAGGCCGAAAUGCGGGAAAAAAACAAGAAAAAAGGGAAUGCGCAGAAAACCCCUCCGAACAGCCGGCGGGGCGGAGGCGGAGGCCGGGGUUGAAGAAGUUGCGGCGCAACUAAACACGAACGUACUCUACGCGCCGAGCCGUACGAAUCGUAUCGAUUCGUUGAACGGAUCGAUCGUGGUUUGUACGACUUUCUAAUGAUUUUUGCAAUUGCAAAGCACACGCUUUAUUGUCUAGUCUAGACUUCUUCAGUUUAUCUUCAAGAGCAUCAACUCAAAUUAGAACCGGGAGGCAGGGGCUUUGUGCUGCUUUUACUAGCAUGGUUCCCUGUAGUGAAGAAGGUUAUAUAUUCACACUUCCAAAGAGACACUCUGUAUUCAAUUAAGAAGCACGCAUUGACGUCGACAAUGAAGUUUUCAAACGAGAAUAACAAGAAGAGAGAAAACCAGUCAAAUAUAGAAGUUGCUACACAAGAACCCACAGCGUAGUACCCGCAUCGGGUGGUUCUCUGCUUUGCAUUCCAGCACUGCUGUUGUGGAUUUGGGGUCCGCAGGAACCCAAGACUGGGUUGUUCUUUUCCGAUGCUGC